AUGGCUAAAGUGAAAAUAAGAAUUAAUGUAAAACCCCCUACAUUAACCCAACCUAAAAUUUCAGCUAAGCUUUUGUCUUAAUUAAAUUUGAUUAUGUCGUAAACUGAAAAGAGUUAAACAUUAAGCAUGAUCAAAAGUUCUGUGCUAAAUAUUUUUUAAUUUUCAUAUUUAUUUUUAAAAGGUUUAUAAAUCUAAAUAUAUAAAGCAAAAGUUCCUGAUAAACAACCUGUUAUUAGACACUAAGCCCCAAAAAGAUCUUAAAAUAAAACUAAAUUCACAAUGAAUAGGGUUUUUUUAAUCAAUAAUAUGGUAAAGUAUUAUUUAGAAACUUAUUUUAAAUUAUUAUUAAUUCCUUCCACUAAGACUUUUAAUACCUUGGGCACUUCAUCUUUUUUGCUUAGAUAAGAAAAAAAUAGUGUGAUUAGAAGUAAAUUAAUUUGUAAUGUCAUCAGGGCUAAUAAUGAAAUGGUUGAAUUUAAACUAUUAUCUGUGUUAUAAUUUGCAAUUUAUAAAAUAGAUGCAAAGGUUAAUUCAUAAAAAUUAGAAGUAAAAAUUCUAAUUAAUCCAGAGUAAAUGAAAUACUAAUAUUGUCUUCUUGCUAUCUUCUAUAAAAAAAAAAUAGAUCUGGAAAUUCGAAAGAAUUUAUCAUAAUAAUUGUAAAAAAUAGCUGGCCAAUUUUAAUAUUUGAUAAUGAUCAGAAAUUUAUAGAAGAAAUAUGAGAAGAUAUAAUAAGCAAAUCCGAUGAUCACAACAACUACAAAUGUUUGCAAAUUGUUUAAAAGUAACAAUUGA